AGUUGAGCUUUAGCUUUUGACGUAUAAAGAAGUGUCUAAAGUAUAGUGCAAAGCUAAAAUUUUGUCAGAUUUACCAAGUGCAAGGUGGGAAAAUGUUGAAGCCAGUCAUAAAUUAGGUUUAGUUUUUACAGAGGAUACGAAAUGAAUAAUGUUUUUAAAUGGAAAAAUGUAUGGCGUUUUUGAGCAGCAGUACAACUAGCGCCAGCAUAUAGAUCACGGAAAAUGCCUGAUUUGCGAGCUGCAAUUGAGAAUUAAGGCAGCGCCAGGGGAAUCCGCUCGAGAAACCCACGUCCACGAGAUGGACAACUAUACGGACGUACUGUACCAGUACCGCUUGGCACCGUCCGCCAGCCCGGAAAUGGAAAUGGAACUGGCCGAUCCGCGUCAGAUGGUCCGCGGAUUUCAUCUGCCAACCAACGAGUCGCAGUUGGAGAUUCCCGACUAUGGCAACGAGAGCCUGGACUAUCCCAACUACCAGCAGAUGGUCGGCGGACCGUGUCGCAUGGAGGACAACAAUAUCAGCUAUUGGAAUCUCACCUGCGAUUCGCCACUGGAGUACGCUAUGCCGCUCUAUGGCUACUGUAUGCCCUUCCUGCUGAUCAUCACCAUUAUCUCGAACUCCCUGAUUGUGCUCGUUUUGAGCAAGAAGAGCAUGGCCACGCCCACCAAUUUUGUGCUAAUGGGAAUGGCUAUAUGCGAUAUGCUGACGGUUAUAUUUCCGGCACCCGGUCUCUGGUAUAUGUACACAUUCGGCAAUCAUUAUAAGCCCCUGCAUCCGGUCUCCAUGUGUCUGGCCUACAGCAUUUUCAAUGAGAUAAUGCCAGCCAUGUGCCACACCAUCUCCGUUUGGCUAACUCUGGCCCUCGCCGUUCAAAGAUACAUCUACGUUUGCCACGCCCCCAUGGCCCGAACGUGGUGCACGAUGCCGCGUGUGAGGCGGUGCACGGCGUAUAUUGCAUUGCUGGCGUUUCUGCACCAACUGCCCAGAUUCUUCGACAGGACGUACAUGCCGCUGGUGAUCGAGUGGAACGGCAGCCCAACGGAGGUGUGCCACUUGGAGACGUCGAUGUGGGUGCACGAUUACAUUGGAGUGGACCUAUACUACACAAGCUACUAUCUGUUCCGGGUGCUGUUCGUCCACCUGCUGCCCUGCAUUAUCCUGGUUACCCUGAACAUUCUGCUGUUCGCGGCGAUGCGGCAGGCACAGGAGCGCCGAAAGCUCCUCUUCCGGGAGAACCGGAAGAAGGAGUGCAAGAAACUGAGGGAGACCAAUUGCACCACGCUGAUGCUAAUUGUGGUCGUGUCGGUGUUCCUUCUAGCCGAGAUACCCAUUGCUGUGGUCACUGCGAUGCACAUCGUCAGUAGCCUGAUUAUCGAGUUCCUGGACUAUGGACUGGCCAACAUUUGCAUCAUGCUGACGAACUUCUUCCUGGUAUUCAGCUAUCCGAUCAACUUCGGCAUUUACUGCGGCAUGUCGCGCCAGUUUCGGGAGACUUUCAAGGAGAUAUUCCUCGGUCGGCUGAUGGCCAAAAAGGAUAGCUCCACAAAAUACUCGAUCGUUAAUGGCGCCCGCACCUGCACCAACACCAACGAGACGGUCCUCUAGUAAUUGGUGAUGUUGGUGCCGCGGCGGGGCAGCAGCGACCAUCGUCGCAGCUCCACUAGCACCACCACCACCACCACCACCAAGACCAUUGGUGGGUCAAUGAUCAUCGGUGGUGAGGCCUCGGCGCAGCACCAGCAUCUGGUAACGCACCAUCUGCAGACCCACUCACAGCCCAGUCAGCAGCGGCGGGUCAGCACCAUGGACAUCAUCACCGAGGAGCGGAUUUUGUAAACUGGAUGCGAGAAUCGGAUGGGUUCGGAAUCGAUUGGGUGCGGCUAUCGGAAAUCAGAGAUCCCAAUAUACUGUUGAAAACUAUCGGCUGCCUGCCGAGGAGCGCAAUUUACAAUACAGUUCUUUAUUCGUCAAUGGUCUCAGCAUGAAAUUUUAACAGAAUUUGCAAUUGCAACUAAUCCAGCAAAAAUCAAAAGAACUCCACUACACAAAUGGUUUUUUUUCGAACAGAGCUAAGAAGUAAGGUUUCAGGAGAAAACUACAAUACAUAGGUACACAGGAACUUGUUUAAUUAAAAACACUAAUAUAUCAAUAUCAAAAUAACCAAAAAUGCGUAGAGUAUUUGGAAUGAUGCAGUCUGAAUUUUGAUGGAUUUUGCAAAUGAGCGAUUUUCACUUUUAAAUAACUUAAGGCAGUUUAAAAACGUUAAGAAAUACAUAGAUAUCCCCGGGUAGACCGAAUAACACCCAAACCGAACAUUAAGUGUCUGUUCUAUUCCCGCGAAUAAGACACAAAUUUCUCCAUUCGAAUCUGUGUGUAUUUCUCUGUGCGUUGGUGUCAUAUUCAGAUUAAAUAUUCAGAUUAGUACUUAAGCUCAUAUAUGUAUAUGCUAUUUUUAUGGCUAAGGGUGUACGUCUAAGUCUAAGAGAUGCGGUGAAACUUUCAAGAAGUGAUAGUGGUAGGGUGAAAGUGCUGGGUGAAGAUUUUGGGUAACAACAAUAACAUAAUACUACAGUAAAGUUAGGAAAAAUACUUACAGGAAACUCACAAGUCAUAACUAUCGGAUUGAAAAGCGAAACUGAAUUAAUCGAAAUAAUCGAUAGUAUUGACGAUUAGUUUUAGCUUCUAGGGUAUUUACGAAAUUUUGAAACAAUGCCUGGGUAAAUAUGUUUAUUUGAGAGCAACUUUUUGUGCGCCCAUUUGUAAAAUAUUUUUGUAUUUUAACUAGGGUUCUUUAGCGUAGUUAGUUGUAGGAUGGAAAACUCGUUUAAAUUCGUAAACCUUUUGAGCCCCAGUGUUUACCGAUUUAAAUGAAAGUUAAGAAUACACAAAAACAAAAAAAAAAAAAAUAUAUAAGAACAUAACAAAUCAGUCCUAACGAAUUUCAACUCAAUGUUCUAGGCUACGCGUACGUUUUUUUUCUAGUGUAAGCAACAGCAUAUACAAUUGUAAUGCAAUGUUAAUAUGUGUACACUCGUCUAACAGUUACAAUUGCAGUUUCCGGUUUAAAUGUUUUCAGUGUACACAAAACUAGUUGACUAAGCAUACAACUACGGCUAAAGCUAAUACUACAACUUGAAUUACAACUACACAACUAUGAACUAUAACCAUAACUAUAGCUGAAAGUUGUCUGUCUGAAUGGAAUGUGUUAACUAUUUAUAUGUAUUGGUGACGAAAGAUACGGUUUCCGUUUCCGCUUCCGUUUAAUUUGAUUUUUAAUUCUGAUGACGAUUACGACCUGAUUUUGUAUAUAUAUUUCGUCGGGUGAAUCCAAUAAUGAAUAAAUAAACUAAUUAAAU